GACGAUACGCUGCCGCUUCGCAUCCUGCCCGAGGUCCUUAAGCACCUUCGAUAGUCCAGCAGCAAGCUUCGCAUGUCAAGCAACUGUACCAGGACUAGUGUUGCUCACGGGCUGCUGUACCGGCACCCUACACAAGGAGAUCUUCAAACUUGAUCAAUUCACAGCUAUAUUCUCACAACAUUAGACUAGAUACCAUCACCCACAACUCCGAACUCUGCAACACACGGCAUUGAGCGCCUCGAAAAGCUCGAGCUUUGUUCCGUCCACGAUUUCCUCGACUAGAGUCUGGUUGACUGGAAAUGCGAGCUCAAGUUCUGGCUCAGUGUUCCAAAUGUCGUCAGCGAACAAUUCUUCUAAGUUUGCGGCACUAUCCUUGCUUUCCUGUACUUGCAGCUGUCCAUUGUCGUGGGCAUUUUCGAUCGAUGCCAUAAGGAACAUGACAUCCACGAUGUCUGCUGCAGUGGCAGGGCUGGUCGACAAGGGAGCAUAUCGCUCGUCAUCGUCGUCCAGGAAGUCUUCUCGUCGCAACGACAGUGUCUUCAAGGAUGCGCACCAUCCUCGGAAGCCAUAUGAGCAUACAGAUACUCAUCUAUCAGAUCGAUACAUCUUUGGUUACAUCCAGGCUUGGGCCGGACAACAUUCAGAGCCGCUGGAACUGGAAGGAGGAACCUGUUCGCCUGGCAGAAGCAGACCCGGGCUAGCGUCAUUUAAACAGAAGCACUCACCAUCGAAGCGAUCAGUCAAAAACGCCGCAGUGGUCUCCUGUAGGUCGACAAUAUCGUCUGUUGUGGCAACAUACUCACCGUUGUCAUAUCGAUCAUUCAACGACGCCGCAGUAGUACCCUGCAGCUCUCGGAUAGCGUCUGGUGUCGAAUCGGCGGAGACGUCCAGCACCUUCGCAGUUGACAGGAUCUAGGUUUCUGGCAAGUCGAGAUUGCUCGACAAAGUAGUGUUGCGACUACUGUGCUGCCGGCUGGUGUCUCAGGUGAUGUGUUUUCCUUCAACUGCUGGGCGUCCAAUCACCAGGAUUGACCUUCGUAAUUGUUCAGGUCCGUCA